AUGUAUCGAAAGGGCCUCACGCUUCUCCCCUUCCCGCAUGCCCUUCGUUCGACCUCUUUGAACAAUCUCGCGUCUGCAGUCCUGACGCGAUUUGAGCGGACAGGACAAGCGGUAGACCUCGAGGAGGCCAUCUCGCUUCACAGACAGUCUCUCAUGCUCCACCCUGCCCCGCAUCCCCAUCGUUCAGGCUCUCUGAACAAUCUCGCCAAUGCAGUCCUGACGCGAUUUAAGCAGACAGGACAAGCGAUAGACCUCGAGGAGGCCAUCUCGCUUCACAGAGACUCUCUCAUGCUCCGCCCUUCCCCGCAUCCCGAUCGUUCAACCUCUUUGAACAAUCUCGCCAAUGCAGUCUGGACGCGAUUUGAGCAGACAGGACAAGCGGUAGACCUCGGGGAGGCCAUCUCGCUUUACAGAGAGUCUCUCAUGCUCCGCCCUGCCCCGCAUCCCGAUCGUUCAACCUCUUUGAACAAUCUCGCCAAUGCAGUCUGGACGCGAUUUGAGCAGACAGGACAAGCGGUAGACCUCGAGGAGGCCAUCUCGCUUCACAGAGACUCUCUCAUGCUCCGCCCUGCCCCGCAUCCCGAUCGUCCAUCCUAUUUGAACAAUCUCGCCAAUGCAGUCCUGACGCGAUUUGAGCAGACAGGACAAGCGGUAGACCUCGAGGAGGCCAUCUCGCUUCACAGACAGUCUCUUAUUCUCCGCCCUGCCCCGCAUCCCGAUCGUUCAACCUCUUUGAACAAUCUCGCUGGUGCAGUCCUGACGCGAUUUGAGCAGACAGGACAAGCGGUAGACCUGGAGGAGGCCAUCUCGCUUUACAGAGACUCUCUCAUGCUCCGCCCUGCCCCGCAUCCCCAUCGUUCAACCUCUUUGAACAAUCUCGCUGGUGCAGUCCUGACGCGAUUUAAGCAGACAGGACAAGCGGUAGACCUCGAGGAGGCCAUCUCGCUUCACAGACAGUCUCUCAUGCUCCACCCUGCCCCGCAUCCCCAUCGUUCAGGCUCUCUGAACAAUCUCGCUGGUGCACUCAAGACGCGAUUUGAGCAGACAGGACAAGCGGUAGACCUGGAGGAGGCCAUCUCGCUUUACAGAGACUCUCUCAUGCUCCACCCUGCCCCGCAUCCCCAUCGUUCAGGCUCUCUGAACAAUCUCGCCAAUGCAGUCCUGACGCGAUUUAAGCAGACAGGACAAGCGAUAGACCUCGGGGAGGCCAUCUCGCUUUACAGAGACUCUCUCAUGCUCCGCCCUGCCCCGCAUCCCCAUCGUUCAGCCUCUUUGAACAAUCUCGCCAAUGCAGUCUGGACGCGAUUUGAGCAGACAGGACAAGCGGUAGACCUCGAGGAGGCCAUCUCGCUUCACAGACAGUCUCUUAUUCUCCGCCCUGCCCCGCAUCCCGAUCGUUCAACCUCUUUGAACAAUCUCGCCAAUGCAGUCCUGACGCGAUUUAAGCAGACAGGACAAGCGGUAGACCUCGAGGAGGCCAUCUCGCUUCACAGGCAGUCUCUCAUGCUCCACCCUGCCCCGCAUCCCCAUCGUUCAGGCUCUCUGAACAAUCUCGCUGGUGCACUCAAGACGCGAUUUGAGCAGACAGGACAAGCGGUAGACCUCGAGGAGGCCAUCUUGCUUUACAGAGACUCUCUCAUGCUCCGCCCUUCCCCGCAUCCCCUUCGUUCAACCUCUUUGAACAAUCUCGCGUCUGCAGUCUCGAUGCGAUUUGAGCAGACAGGACAAGCGGUAGACCUGGAGGAGGCCAUCUCGCUUUACAGAGACUCUCUCAUGCUCCACCCUGCCCCGCAUCCCCUUCGUUCAACCUCUUUGAACAAUCUCGCGUCUGCAGUCUCGAUGCGAUUUGAGCAGACAGGACAAGCGGUAGACUUGGAGGAGGCCAUCUCGCUUUACAGAGACUCUCUCAUGCUCCACCCUGCCCCGCAUCCCCAUCGUUCAGGCUCUCUGAACAAUCUCGCCAAUGCAGUCCUGACGCGAUUUAAGCAGACAGGACAAGCGAUAGACCUCGGGGAGGCCAUCUCGCUUUACAGAGACUCUCUCAUGCUCCGCCCUGCCCCGCAUCCCGAUCGUUCAUCCUCUUUGAACAAUCUCGCCAAUGCAGUCAUGACGCGAUUUGAGCAGACAGGACAAGCGGUAGACCUCGAGGAGGCCAUCUCGCUUCACAGAGACUCUCUCAUGCUCCACCCUGCCCCGCAUCCCCUUCGUUCAACCUCUUUGAACAAUCUCGCUAGUGCGGUCCUGACGCGAUUUGAGCAGACAGGACAAGCGGUAGACCUCGAGGAGGCCAUCUCGCUUCACAGAGACUCUCUCAUGCUCCUCCCUGCCCCGCAUCCCCAUCCCCUCGAAUGUCUUCCUGAAUCACACCCUGGUAGAUGUGCCACUCUUUACCAUCUGGCCCUCAGUCUCCUCAAGAAAAUCAGCUCAAAUGAUUCUUCUUCCAAUGACUCCCUGAAUGCCGCUAUCAACCUGUUUCGUACCGCAGUCAGAUGUGAAACCGCAUCUGUACUGGAUCGCUUGAAGGCCGCUCAACUGUGGGCGCGCCAUGCAGAUGAACUCAACCACGCAUCUGCGUUGGAAGCAUAUCAGGCGGCCAUUCAAUUAUAUCCUCUUGUUUCCAUGCUCGUCUCAAGUGUCAGUUCUCGCACUCAACUCCUCGCCGAAAAACUAGAUUCCCAUCUCCCCAAUGAUGCAGCGGCGUGUGCUAUCCGGAUGGGCCAUCUCGAGCAGGCUGUUGAACUCCUUGAAGAGGGGAGAGCUGUUUUUUGGUCGCAGGCCUUGAAGCUCAGGACUCCCUUGGAUGAUCUUCGGCCGGCACAUCCUGACCUCGCGCAACGAUUCCAAGAUACAUCUCAGGCUCUGGAGCGACGCUCACUUCAACCCACUCCAAUGACUAUACAGGACAAUGCAAGAGGCGUAAUGACCAUGGAGGCUGAGGCUGCGGCAUUCCGUCGACUGCACGAGGAUUGGUUAGCGAGACUCGAAGACAUCCGGGCUCUUUCGGGAUUCGAGGAGUUCAUGCGUCCGAAGAAAUUUGCAUUAUUGAAGCGAGCUGCAUCUCAUGGACCAGUCGUUCUUCUCAAUACUGCCAGAUCAUCAUGCGAUGCAUUGAUAGUCACGUCAGCUGGCAUUCAGCACAUUCCGCUUUCCACUGAUGAUCGAUCUCCCUCGGAUGCUAUCGUUCUUGCCAACUCCAUACUGAGGGCUCCGCACGCAUUAUCGUAUCCGUUUCCGCAAGAUCUCCUGGACCGUCACUGGAAUAAGGGUGGAAAGCCUCGUCGAACAACUCAUUUGAGUCCAGACGACAUUAUCAAUAGGGUGCUGGUGACACUAUGGACAUUCGUCGUCAAACCAGUGGUCUGCGGAUUGAAGCUCGAGAGAUCAGAGUCACCGCCGCGAGUUUGGUGGUGCCCAACUGGCCCAUUCGCGUUCCUCCCGAUCCAUGCAGCUGGAAUUUAUGACCCAGAUCUAGGAGAUCUCAAGAACGCAUCAGAAUACAUGGUGUCAUCUUACACACCGACGCUCAACGCCUUGCUUGUUUCUCCACCCACUACAAGUGCAAAUCCAUUCAGAAUGCUGGCGGUCACACAACCCAAUGCCCCAAGGCAAGCGCCGCUGUAUAACGCCCAAAUUGAAAUGGAUAAGAUCGAGGCACGCGUACCGGCGUCGAGCCUCAUCAAGCAGUGUUCUUCAUCGGCAUCCGAGGUUCUGUCCUCCCUUCUGAAUAUCUCCAUAGCACACUUUGCAUGCCAUGGUGUCCAAGAUCCCUCCGAUCCGCUCGAGAGCGCGCUGAUUCUCCACGACGGUCCUUUGAAGAUCUCUAAAAUCAUGGAAAUGGCUCUCCCGAACGCUUCCUUGGCUUUCCUCAGUGCAUGCCAGACUGCCAAAGGAGACCUGAAACUUGCCGAUGAAGCGACACAUCUUGCGGGGACGAUGCUAUUCUCUGGAUUCCGCGGAGUGGUUGGUACUAUGUGGUCCAUGUCUGAUCCUGACGGCCCCGUGAUUGCCGACGAAUUUUACAGUCACCUUUUUGAAGGUCAUCAAGACGGCUCACAUCCCGACACUACGCAAGCCGCUCGAGCGCUGCACCUCGCGGUGAAGAAGUUGCGUGAAAAUCUUGGCGACAAGUCUUUUUUGCGAUGGGUUCCGUUCGUUCAUUUCGGGUUGUGA